CCGCCUUAAAUCUCCCCGGACCCGCUUCCCCUCUCUCCAGCGGCGAAACCCUAAACCUAAUCACUUCUCGCGAUUCAGUAAGCCUUCUUUAAUUUGAAGAUCUACCUGGGAAUUUGUGGAAUGGACUCCUCUGACAAAGGUAUCUUGGGAGAUGUACCCUGUAGUGGAAACACAACAGCCCUAGAAGGUUUUGGUCAUGAGUCUGGCUGUAUAAAUUCAAGUUCAGAUAGAUUGCUAGAUGAAAGUAAAGGCAGUUUGAGUAAAGGAAAAUCGAAAGUUCUUGAUACAUUUCCCCCAUAUCCGCCAAAUUCCAAACAGAAAUUCUGCCCUCAGAUAUCUGAUGAAAUUCAUGAAGAUAAUGCUGUUAAUAAAACUAUGGAAAAUUAUCAUUCAGGAAUAAAAGCUUUAUUUUCUGCUUCUAUACCAAGUCAGAGCAAGGAAUCAGAUGAUGUAUCGACUGAAUCAGAUGAAACAUUAGAAGAGAAUUACAAAAGGGAUAGCGCGACAAAGAAUCUCAUUCACAUGGUCAAGGGGCAUGAUGCACCUAUAUCUUCUUCACACCACCUCAAUGCUGAUCAUUCAGCUUCGAAGGAAAAUAUGGUUGAUGCUGGGGGGAACUUGACUCAAGAAUUGUCGGACAAUAUAGGCUUGGCAAAACCAUGUUCAUGUUCUUUCUGUCUCAAAGCGGCACAUAUGUGGAUGGAUCUUGCUUUCCAGGAUACAAGAGGCAGACUGACUGAGUUGCAGAGAAGCAAGAAGCGUGCAGCAGACCAAAUUUUCAGACUUACUCAAGAUUCCUCUAAGCUUUCCAAACCUUCAAAAUUAGAGGUUGAUCUCAUGCAACAUUGGAACUUGAUCUUCUCUCGUACCCAGAAUGCCCUUGUCCAUGAAAUUGCCAAAACCAGGUCAGAUCUCCAAGCACGAAGUAAGCUAAUGGAGAACUGCAAAAGAGAAUUGGAGUCAAGGAGCAAUAUAUCACUGGAUAAACCGUUAUAGUUUUUUUCCCCAGCAAUGUGCUGAUUUUACCAGAAAUCGUGCUUGAGAUAUUCUGAUAUAUUCCCGAAAACCAGUGUUUGAUAUCGGGGGAAUAUUUGCAGUCAGCAUCUGGUUGUUUGCUUCAAUCGAGAAGCGACUGAUGACUUGUCUGUAACUGCUUGGAAUGAGUAUUUAGCCGAGUUUGAGCCUAUGGAAUGUAUAGUAGUAAAUUGUUUCCUCCUGGUGCAAUAUGUUUAUGAUUAUGCAAGUUUACUGGAUUGUGCUUUCAUUA